GUAUACUGAAGGUCAUUUAGCGGAUUGCCUUGAAGCAUGAUGUUGGGAUAGUGGGUUUCAUUCCUGUUUUGUUCUUUGGUUACAAGAAAUGGCCGCUCCCAGUGAUCCUUUUGCUCUUCUUCAAAAUCUUUUCAACGAUGCCGUUGAGCUUGGUGAGCUCUCUGUAGUUGAAUGUACAACUCGGUUGUCAGAAAUAUGUAUUUCUAUGUCUCUUGAGGAGAAAAAGGUAACAAUGACCAUUUCCAAAUAUGUCCCCAGUCCCUUGUCCAGCGUGUAGAUGAGGAAAUAAAAAUGUCCUACAAACAGAUUUCAGAGAAAUAUGCGUCAGAAGAAAGUCGCGAUAAAGUUUCUAGAGAGCUUCAGUUUCAAAUCACAUUUGUCCUACACACACGCUUCCUGUACUUUUGCGAGGAAAUCGAGGCUUGUGCCGACCAUGAACUUAGUGACUGGAUUUCUGAACUAAUCAGCAGACUUAGUUUAUGCGAUCCAACUUCGCAUGAGUGGAAGAGGUUUCUAAAUCAGGAAGUUGUAGAAAGGUACAAGCAAACUUUCCCUCGCACACUUUAUCAUGUCUAUAUCAAUCUAGGCCUGGAACCUCCUGAAUGCUUGCCGAGUGAUACGGAAUUAACAGCAUCAGAGUCACACAAUCUUGAAGAAAAUGUUGAUGAGGUAGAUGGUGCUAUGUUCAACUCUCCCCCGCCUACAACUCUUUUACAAUCUCCCCCAGUACCACGCAAUACUCUCAGACAGUCGCUUCCACGUGCUUUGUUUACUGACUCAGCUCUCAUCCCACUUGCAUCUACCGAAACUCCUGAUCAUUUAACAUCUACCCCAGUUGCAUCCAGUUUAAUUAUUAGUUCUUGUCCUACCAACAUGGAGUUUAGUAAACGCCGAUCUUCCAAAACUUUGUCAGCUCCUCAACUUGUGCUGAUUCCCUGUCAACGCUCGAAACGUAAAUGUCGAACUCCAACUAAACGAAUACAAGUGAAACGAGAGACAAGACACAAACUUGCAAGCACAACGCCUACUGCAAGACAACGACGUCCUUCAGCUAGUUCAUCCAAACAAACUUCAUCUCGGACUCCGAGAAGUUCAGAUAGAUCCCGUUCACAUACUUCCUCUGCUGCUAGCCACACUGGUUCCAAACAUAGUCGUAAGUCACUACGAACAUCCAUAUCACCGAAGAAAGAAUCUCAAUCUGCUAAAGCAGAUUCUAAACGUACUCGACACUGGCGUUCUGUACAUGAAACACCUAAUCCAGAGAAAUCUUAUCCACGUUGGGAGAGAGCUAAAUUGGCGGCUGCAGAAAAAACUAAGAAUAAGGCAAUUAUUGUUGACGAAUCACCAAUUAAACCAUUAUUGACAACAGUUAGUCCAUUGCGCCGAUUACGUCGAGCUAAUUCUAUGCUUGCAAGCCUUUUGUAUAUUGAAGCAAAAGAGGCAAGUGUAACUCAAAGUCAAGUACCUUCUACAUUGUUGAAUAAUACUUCCAGUCUACUCUCAACUCUAAAUGAUGGUCAACUCACACGAGAACCUUCAUUUCAACUUGGUCAAGAGUUAGAUAUGCAUAAAGAUUCAUGUUUAUCAGUUGCAAUGUCACGAGCUGAACGCUGGCGACGACGUCAACUCGAAGAAGAGCUUAGUUUAAGUCAAUUUUCAAAUAAUCCACUAGAUUCUGUACAUUUAACAAAUAAUAAUGAAGAGGUGUGUACUGUAUCUGAACGUUUACUACGUCGUAAUUCUAAUUUGUUAGCCAAUAUGAUUUCAUCGAAUCAUUAUAGUGUAGCCUCUUCAAUUGAUCAACCAGUCAAUAGUCCAAAUCGUAUAAAAACUCCACGUAAAAAUAUUUUCAAUGUUACACCCAGUUGUAAAGUGAAAAUAAACAAUAAUUGUUUACAAUUACCAUCCAAUGAAACGAUAACUUCAAAAAAUUCAAAUCCAAUUGAAGUUAUACCUAGUCUUACGCAUGUCACAAAGCCGAUUGUACAGUGUAACAGUCCUCUUGUACCGGUUACAAGUAUAGCAGUUUCACCGUUAAAAUCUACUCCUCGACGCAGAGCAUAUACAUAUAGAUCUAAAAAAGUUGAAGAUGGUCAUACACCUGUUAAUCGUCGUCGUAUUCGACAUUCCUCUGGUUUCCUGCCAUCAAUUUCACGGGAGACACUUAUUUCACCUCAAGUAUUUGAUGAAGAGGCAAUGUUUCUUGGCAGAGAAGAAUUUCUUCAUGAAACUACUCCAAAUCUUUCCAGUACAACUGAUAACACAUGUGUAGAAGAUGAUGGUGAGGAAUUCGGAGCAUUGUUAAUGUCUAGUAAACGUAGAAAAGUAAUCUCUCCUAUCUGUUCACCACUCCAGUCGCCUGUAUUCAAAUUGAACACCAGGAAUACUUCUAUUGUUCAACAGGUGUUAAGAGUUGGAUCGCCUAAAUGUCAUAAUGUAGUGGAUGACGUCACUCCAUCUUGUUCAUUAAAUGACAGCCAUUUUAUAACUGAAUAUUUAAAUGCACCAAAGCGUAAUAUUCAUUACAGUACGAGUGUAACUCCUACGACUACUACUACUACUACUAAUGUUACCAUGGUUAGUAAUUGUUCCAUAACAACCAAUUCUACUGUUGCUACCAAUCAAGUAAAUUUUGAACUGAACAAUAAGCAAUCGAAGGUUAUCGCUGGCACUUCUUCUUGUCCAGUGAAUAAUUCAACAUUACCAUUUCUUACAAAGCCUGUCCAAUCACCGUUCGCACCUUUGCAUGUAUUCAAUCGACCGUUACCAGGUGUUAAUGAUAUUCUGGAUAAUUGUACAUUGAGUAGUCAAAGUAAUUCGGCGUGUAUCGCUUUUCGUAAACAAUUGUUUGGUGGAGGUGAUGAACAAUCAUUAACGGUAACACAGGAUAAUUUAUCCUAUGAUAAAUUAUCUAACCUCUUAUCAUGUGAUAAUUCAGAGAAUAUCAAUCCGUGUCAAUUGAAUUCACCAACAUCAUCAUCACCAUCAUCAUCGAUAACAAAGUUGAAUUCAGUAAUAAAACAGAAAUUACCGUCAAUAUCUUCUAGAGAGGAUUCACGUCAUGUAUGGGAUGAAGCUUCAUUAGAUAUGCCUUUAUCACCUGUACUACGUCAACUACAAUGGAAUAUACAAAAAGAUGUUGACUUAACAACUGAACCAAAGUAUCUUUCUUGUAUCCAUCUGUCUAAUAGUGUUUUAUUCACCUCCUCUGGAAUGUCCAAUACAACAAAGAUGAUGUCAGCAACAACAACAACAAUGACAGCUAGAAAUCAACCGCGUAUUCGUCCUCGACGCUCUCUAUUCCAUUAGUCAUUAUCAAUCCAUUUUUGUUGAACUGUUGUUACUUUCCUUGUUUGUUUGUUUGUUUCUUUGUUUAUUUGUCUUUGUUUCUCGUUUCUUCUUAUCUCUUGUUUGUUUAAAGUAUUACACAAUUAUGUAUACAAAUGAGCAAAGUUGUUCUGUUUAGUUGUUUUUAUUCAAUACAUUUUCUAUUGGUUUUAAAAUUCCUGUAUUUCUCUUGUUUAAAUCAUGCGAAUUAGAUAAAUAUCAUUUUUUCCCCUCUCGCUUUAGCAUCUAUUCAUAAUGUUAAAGACAAGAGUUGUGCAUAUCUGUAAUAAUUGUAAAUUGGAGAAUAUUCGUGGAUAUUUUUUAUGUGAACUCCCCGUAUACUACUGAAUACAUUGUGAGUAGUAUGUUGUUUUUUGUCCUACUUUUGCAGGCAAAUAUAUGAGCAUUGCGUAGAAAACUUC